AGGAUUCGUAGUCUCCCUUCAAGGAUUCGACGAGGGCUGAGACGGUUUUUUGCUCGCCUGGGCAGGUCACGAGACUCCGAGAGAAAACUGAAGCGGUUUCAGAGCAGCAUGGAGAAGAUCUUUAGCGUUAAUAGCCGGGGAAGUAGGGGACCGGAAUCCUCGGGGUUUAUAAGUGACGAGGAAGAUUUGGAUGAUAAUACCCCACCGGACUAUAGUAACUCGCAGCUCAAAAUCAAACUUACAUCAGUCAAACCAGGAGCCUUGUUGACCGAAACCGACGAACCUGUCGAGAUUGAAAUGGUAGUUCUCAAAUAA